AUGGGCCAAGGCGACGAGACAGAUCGCAUCGUGAUAAACGUGGGAGGAACAAGACACCAGACCUACCGCAGCACCCUACGCACUUUGCCAGGAACAAGGUUAGCUUGGCUGGCUGAGCCAGAUGCUCAUAGCCACUUUGACUAUGACCCCAGGACAGAUGAGUUUUUCUUUGAUAGACAUCCUGGUGUCUUUGCCCACAUCCUGAACUACUACAGAACUGGCAAGCUGCACUGUCCAGCGGAUGUGUGUGGGCCACUGUAUGAAGAGGAACUUGCCUUUUGGGGCAUUGAUGAAACAGAUGUGGAGCCUUGCUGCUGGAUGACCUACAGGCAGCACCGAGAUGCUGAGGAAGCUCUGGAUAGCUUUGGCGGUGGCCCUGUGGACACCAGCGCAGAUGAUGGGGAUGUUGAUGGUACAGGGGACUCAGGAGAUGGCGAAGAAGAGCUGGAGAUGACCAAGAGACUAGCCCUAAGUGACUCUCCUGAUGGAAAAUCAGGUGGCUUUUGGAGAAGGUGGCAACCUCGGAUUUGGGCUCUGUUUGAAGAUCCCUACUCUUCCAGAUAUGCAAGGUAUGUGGCAUUUGCCUCUCUUUUCUUCAUUCUGGUCUCAAUCACCACCUUCUGCCUCGAGACGCAUGAAAGAUUUAACCCAAUUGUGAACAAAACAGAAAUUGAAACUAUUGGGAAUGAGACCCAGCUGCGUUUCUACAGGGAAUCGGAGACGGAGGCUUUCCUGACCUAUAUAGAAGGUGUCUGUGUGGUCUGGUUUACUUUUGAGUUCCUGAUGAGGAUCACCUUUUGUCCUCACAAGGUGGAAUUUAUCAAAAACACUUUGAACAUCAUUGACUUUGUGGCCAUUCUGCCUUUUUAUCUGGAGGUUGGACUUAGUGGCCUGUCUUCCAAAGCUGCUAAGGACGUCUUAGGCUUCUUAAGAGUGGUCCGAUUUGUGAGAAUCCUUCGAAUUUUCAAGCUAACCAGGCAUUUUGUAGGCCUGAGGGUUCUAGGACAUACCCUCCGUGCUAGCACGAACGAAUUUUUGCUGCUCAUCAUUUUCUUGGCGUUGGGCGUCUUAAUCUUUGCCACAAUGAUUUAUUAUGCUGAGCGAAUAGGUGCUAACCCUAAUGAUCCUAGUGCCAGUGAACACACACAUUUUAAAAAUAUCCCCAUCGGCUUCUGGUGGGCUGUUGUCACUAUGACCACCUUGGGCUAUGGAGACAUGUACCCACAGACCUGGUCUGGCAUGCUGGUUGGAGCGCUAUGCGCUCUUGCUGGCGUGCUAACUAUUGCCAUGCCUGUACCAGUCAUUGUGAACAAUUUUGGAAUGUAUUAUUCAUUAGCUAUGGCUAAGCAGAAGCUACCAAAGAAAAAAAAGAAGCAUAUUCCACGCCCACCCCAGUUGGGAUCCCCCAAUUAUUGUAAAUCAGUUGUAAAUUCUCCACACCACAGUACUCAGAGUGAUACAUGCCCUCUCGCACAAGAAGAAAUUUUAGAAAUUAACAGAGCAGGUAGGAAACCUCAUAGAGGAAUGUCCAUUUGA